AGACCAUCUUAUCAUGACCAUGUUAUAUCAGGAAUCAGGGCUCUGAGAUGGUGCCGAUCACAACGGCGUAUUGCCACCGGUUUGAGGGGCUCGUCAAAUGGAGUGGACCGAAAUCCAAGCCCUCAGUACCGAAACGUUCGCUUCAACCCCCCCUACGCAAACAGUAUGCAGCUACGGACCCUCAGAGGCUCGGUCAAGUCGUGACCACGGUCUAGGCUGGCGGGCCUUACGGAUGGCAUUACCAGACCACGGUGCUCGCCCUGCCCUGCGCACGAUCGAUUUACUGCUGCUCAUAAAAGUGUAUCCGUACGGCACGGCAUCAGCACCUGAGGACCUGAGGGCACUUUUGGUUUCCAAGCUCACCUUCGGCCCCUGCCGCCUCCACACGAUCCUCACCACUCACGAAGGCUCACGAAACUGGACAGGGCUUAGCGGCAACUCGGACGCUAUGACCACGGCGAUGUCGAAUCACGUGGGUGAGCUUGGCUCCGAGAUCUGCUCCUGUGGCCAAUGCUUGAGCUCGAUCAGCUGCUCUGUGACUGUCUAUGUAGCUGUAUCGCUAGAAAGUAUGAGAUAGCAAAGAUUGACAAUUGUUUGAUGAAACGCGUUUCAAUAUCUUGGAGAGGAGCCGAUGCG